UGCCUGCUGCAUGCGUGAGCGGGAAUUACUGGUCUGUAGUAGCCUGGUAGAGUUUGCUUACAGCCCUCGGACAGCCUUCCUCUGCCUGGGCUCGGAGCGAUAUCCCGGCAGCGAUAGGGAGCGUACUGCCAGGCCGGCAUUGCCGGCGCGGGGAUGGCUGGCGUCGCGUUUCUGACUGUUAGCAGCUGCGGUUGCCGUGCCCGCAGAUCUGUCGUGUUACAUUUCACUUGACUGAUUUUGGCCUAACCUGCCAUAGGUUGAGAGUAUUUUCCUGUGGGGCUAUUAAAAAUCUUUGAUGGUAAGCGGCAGUCAGAUGUCAAAGGCUGAAUUCCCCCAGGCAUGACAGGAAGGCAAACGCAGUCUCCCACUCCUCAGCACUGAAUGGCACGCAGUCGUGGGUUCCUACCUACCUUGUAAUUGCUGAUCAGCGUGCAUGUCCUGCUUUUGGUUUUUUAGGAGGGGUGAGGAGGGGUUCUUUUAAAAAAGAAGUCACGGUGUAUUGUAUUAAUGGUGUGUGACACUCAGUGAGUCCGUUGUGAUGGUUUGCACACCCAUGGGAACGCGCUCCCAUGUUGGCAGUCAGCGACUUGCAAGAGCUGCCAGUUUAAACGGGUGUCAGGUCGGUGUCUGAAUCAAGAGUUUGUUUUGCUAUGCAACGUGAGAACUUUGCACAGGAUUUAAUUGUCAGCCUUCUGUUUCAUUCAACUUGAAUUAUACUUUUCAGAAGAAAUGCAAAUACACCGUUUUAUGUCUCUGGAUACAAAGCAGAAAAACCCCACGAGCUUCAUGUGAUCUCCACAAAAGGCAUUGGCAGAAGUGGCAAGUUUUCUGCAAAAGCUGUGUUAACUUCCAUUUGUUUUAGAUUUGCCUGCAGGACAACCACUGUGGGUUUGGGAUAUGCACCCACCUCAGUCCCAUCUGAAAUUCUCACUGUUAAGAAAUGCAGAUGGCCCGAAUGUACAAACAGGUGUCCUGUGAGACAGCAGAGCACGUCACAUACCCAGUCCUGAGUCAGUGAAAUGCAGUUGUGAUUGAAGCACUGCAGUUUUUUUUUUUCUCGUUGCUCCUCAUUCCUGACGUUCUCCUUUCUGCUUUGCAGACCUCCCUGCUGCCAGUGCUGGUAGUGCUGAAGGGAGCGCUGAGCCGUGCAGCCAUUUUGAGCUGCGUGCCCAUCAGCUAUUGUUUCCCUUCAGGGAGCUCUCUGAAUGCAUUAUGCAGGUCCAGCACUACGUUUGCAAAUGCAUUUCAUCUCUUUUCCCUUUUCUGUAUUUGCUGGAAGAAAAUGUCACCAAAACUCAGGAGAAAAUAAAGAUGCUGCAGUAUGCUAACAGUUAGAGAAAUGCAUUUUGGGGGGGUUGUUAUUUUUUUUCCAUGAGCCAACAAUUGCAGCAUGUACUCAUCUGUUUCUGGAUGAGGACCGAGUUUACACAGGCUGGAUCCACUACUGCUCAAAUAACAACACCUCGUGUGCACUGUUUGCAUUUUUGUCCUCCCACUUUCCCCAUGCAUUGUGGAGAUCAAAGUCUUCGUUUUAAGACGUGGGGAGAGCAAGGUAGAAUAGUGAAUAUAAAACACAAAGAAAACACUAGGUAGGAAAAGCUGUGCUUGUAAAAGGCACUGCCUUCCCGGACUCAUUCUGUUCAUUUUGCUUUUGCUUGUUAAAAGAAUCUGAAAUUAACAGCUUAUCUACAGAAGAAACAUAAGCAGCAGCAGAUAAGACUGGGGCACAAUGCUGGUAGUUUUUAAAUGCCAGAUGGGUUGUUCACACUGCCCUCGAGUGCAGCUGAUGCUCAGCUCUUACCCUCUAUUUACUCACCUUGGCAUUUCAGCUGGUGCCUCUCAGGUUUCCUGCAGGAUAUAUACUGUGCAUUAAUGGGAAUCCUGGAUUCUCCACCACUUAAUGGUGUCCUGGGUGCACUUUCAGCCCCAUUCCUCUCUGCCCCUACCAACCACUCAAUCUAAGAGCUGGGAUACAGCUUUGCUUGGGUAUAAGCAAGGGGUUAAGAAACUCUCACCCUGACCAAAAGACUGUUCUUUCGUAGAUACCUUCCUGUCAUUGCCUUCUAUGUGGGUUCUGUCUGCGGGUGUCCCUGCGAGGUGCUGCUGUUUGCAGCCCAGCCCCCCCACAGCUGUCAUGCACACCAGAGGCCAAACUGCUGUGGCCUGUGGGGCUGAGCUGCUCUCAGCUGCUGGGGAGGAUGAACCCUCUUGGGCAUCCCCUCAUCUGCAGAGGUAAAGGCAGGACAGUGGGCAUCAGAUGGUGAAUUUUCUUGUUAUUAAACUGUAGGAACCUUGUGCUCACAAGCCACCAUUUGCUCUUUAGAUUAAUUCACUCAGUAAUUCCGAGAUCAAGUUGAAGCAUGAUUUUAGCAAGAUUACACUUGGUUGCCUUUUCCUUUUUUUUUUUUCCUUCUCCAGCAGUGCUCCAAUGUUACCAGUUGCAGAGGAGCAUGGCCUCAUAGCACGUCUCAGAUGUUCAACAAAAUCAGAAUGUCUCAUGCCUGCCUCGAGCGUUCUUUGCUAAGAUUACUGUGCCCUGUUCUGUUUGGUAUCAGAGCUUUUACUGUUUCUGUUUAGAUACGUGGACAAAGAUGUAGAUGAUGGAGAAGUGUUUUCUCAUUCUGGCUUGGAAUCAAACCUCUCAAGAGCAGACCAGGACAUUUCUCUGAGGAAAUGGAUUCACCUUCCCAAAAACAUCCAGUCAAAAAGCGAGUGAAAAUUCAUCCCAACACGGUAACAGUGAAAUAUACAUCUCAUUAUCCCCAGCCAGGAGAAGAGGGAGAUGAGGAUGGCAAUGAAGACACAGGGGUAUUUAUGGAGGACAGUCCAAAGACAAGACUACUGAACGCUGGGAAAAAAAGAGAAAGGACCUUUUUUGGUACGACAGACACGCAGCUUCAGCCAGCACAACUGCCCAAACCCAGUGAGACGGGGCAUUUCCAGAGCUUUCCUGAAGGAAAUAUCCUGCAGUCAAGGAAAAUGUGGAUAGUCCUUUUUGGAUCUGCCAUGGCUCACGGAUGCGUGGCUCUAAUUACACGACUAAUUUCUGAUCGUUCCAAAGUGCCAUCACUAGAGUUGAUUUUCAUCCGUUCAGUCUUACAAGUGCUGUCCAUUACUGCUGUGUGUUACUACCACGAGCCACCCUUUGGCCCCAAAGGGUACAGACUGCGGCUCUUCUUCUAUGGGGUCUGCAACGUUAUCUCCAUUACGUGUGCUUACACUUCUUUCUCUAUAGUUCCCCCCAGUAAUGGAACCAUUAUGUGGAGGGCUACCACUACAGUGUUCAGUGCCAUUUUGGCUUUUUUGCUGGUCGAUGAAGGAAUGGCUUACGUAGACAUAGUUACGGUAGUUGGCAGCGUGUUUGGUGUUUGUCUGGUCAUGAUCCCCAACAUCGUUAAGGAAGAAAACUCUCUGCUGAGCACCUGGAAGGAAGCUUUUGGCUACACCAUGACUGUUAUGGCAGGCUUGACCACCGCUCUCUCCAUGAUAGUCUACAGGUCAAUCAAAGAUAACAUCAGCAUGUGGACAGCACUGUUCACCUUUAGUUGGACAGGAACGGUAUGGGGAGCAUCCACCAUGUUCUUACUUCAGGAGCCAAUCGUCCCGCUGGAUGGAGAAACCUGGAGCUAUCUGCUCGCCAUCUGCCUGUGUUCCACAGCAGCCUUCCUGGGGGUCUACUACGCCUUGAGCAAGUUCCACCCUGCUCUGGUCAGCACUGUACAGCACCUAGAGAUAGUCAUUGCCAUGGUCCUGCAGCUCAUCGUGCUGCGCAUCUUGCCAGGUACUUACGAUCUUGUUGGGGGAGCAGUUAUUUUGGUUAGUGUUUUUUUCCUUGCAUGUUAUAAACUGUCCUGGAAGAAUUUAGGAAGGCAAGAUUAUCAGGAGAUUGUGGAUUCUUCCAUUAAAUGAACUGCAGUUUUGUUGUCCGGUUCUGGACAUGCGUUACUGUUGUAUGUGCUACGUGUGCGACCACAUGAAAGUAACAUAUUCCAACUUUGUUGUGUCCUACUGUGCUGGUCAGGUCCUCUUUCUACUGUGUAACUUCAGAGCUGAUGUAGCAAUGUUGGCAUUUCCACACUUCUAUGACAGGUGAAUUUGUUCUAGCGCAUACAGUCACUGUUUGUCAUGUGAUGAAAGGAUAUUUGUCUCCAGCACGGGGGGUGGCAGAGCACAGGACAAGUUGUAGGCCUCUUCUGCCUCACUUACUCUGCUAAAGUAAUAUAGAGACAGAGGGAUCCACUAGCAUCUGUCAUUACUGUGCGCUGUGGUAGUAGGAAGAUGAGCAGUAAAAACAUUAAAAUGGUCAACCAGGGUGUCUGUAACACUUCUUACACUUUGGCUGUAAUAUUCCAAAUGAAGUAAUGCUAAUAGUUCUGUGAUUAUCACUUGUGUUUCUGGUGUCUAUAUAAACAAGAGAAUGUAUCAGUAAAGCUUUUUGUGCUCUGUGGUUAGGAUUCUAUCUGAACUGACACAGGAAGCCCAGACCUCUAGAAGUGUUUUUCCCCCAUGCCCUUGAGUGGAUCUGCAAUUCUGCUACAGCUCUGAAAGAGAGCUCCAGGAAAAUUCCUGAUAAUAAAAGAUCUACCUAUGGAGCAGGGCAGUAUUCCUUCUCUAGAGCCACCUUCUCCAAAAGAGGUUUCAACUAUUAAGCAAGAGAGGGAAAAAUAAAAGCUGCAUUUGAGA